AAAGUGACGUCAAACGCGUGCGCCAAACAAGGAACCAUGGCCGACACUUUAAUUCGAUUUAUUUGAGUCAUGUAGUUUUGAGGGUUAAUUACUCUGCCUCAAUUAGAUCGACCCUUUUUAAAUAUUAACCUUUAUUACUGCUUUAAAGAACCCGUUCUGUCUGUGUCAGAGCCCACAAUCAUGGCUUAUAACCAGAUAGUCCGAGCCCUGAGAAGGAGUUUGCAGCAGAAGUACAGGGCGACACAGGUCGGUUAUCUGGUGCACACACACAGGACCGUGUCCACUGUCGUGUCCAUGCCGACCUUCCACAGAAGGACUGAGGCUCCUAUUUCUCUGUUGCCGACUCUGUGCUGCAUCAACCAGGCGAACACAGCACGCUGUUUUUCUGUGGACUUCAGGCUCAGGAACAAGAUCAGUUCCGGUGACAGAGACAAGUCGGUGUCCAGGUUUCAGGGUGGUAGUCCGGCGUCUUCAGCUGCACAGAAAGUGAAGAAUGCUGGCAGAGACUUCACCUACUUGAUUGUUAUUCUCGUCGGCCUUGGAGUAACAGGGGGGCUGUUGUAUGUAGUUUUCCAGGAGCUGUUCUCUUCCUCUAGUCCGAAUAAGGUUUAUGGAAAAGCCUUCAACAUAGUCAAGUCAAACCCAGAAGUAAUUGGAGCUUUUGGAGAACCCAUCAAAUGUUAUGGCGAGACCACUCGCAGGGGACGCAGGCAGCAGGUCAGUCACAUGGAGUUCCAGAAGGAUGGACUGAAGCAUUUGAGACUCAAGUUCUACAUUGAAGGUUCAGAACCGGGUCUCAAGGGAACUGUGCAUUCAGAAUCAAAGGAGAAUGUUGAAACUGGCAAAUAUGAGUUCCGUUACAUAUUUGUGGAAAUAGAUACCUACCCAAGACGCACAAUUGUUGUGGAAGAUAACCGAUAAGCAAGACUGAGGUAUCAAAGGUGUUUCAUUUAAUAAACAACUGUGAAUAAGGUGUUUCUAAAGCCAAGCUUGUGUCAAACUUUAAAAAAUAAAGUUUGCAUAUACAACUGUCAUUUUUUCAACUAUGCAACAACAAACUGCAGAGUUAUUAGUAAAUAGUAUAUGUAUAAAAUGUUUUCUACCCGACUUUAUAACAUGCUCUGUGCAAUAUUGACCACUAGAUGGAGGCAAAGUAUUACGAUUGUACACAAAAUGGUGUCACCUUCACUUACUCUUUUUUUUUCUUGCCUUUGUAUGUUUAAAGGUAUUUAAGUCAUAUUUUAAAAAGUAUUUGAACGAAUGACAGCUAGAGUUGUCAAAUUAGAAAAAACUAUUCCCCUUUUUAUUUUGUUUUGCAACCUUUCCUGGCCUCGGGAAUAUUGCCAUUUAUGGAUUUCCAUGAAACCUAACAGCCGAGACAGUUACUCAGAAAUACCAAAUGUUUCACUGCUUACGUAAAAAAAGACGUUGGGAUUUUAUUACCUCUAAAAUGUGGUUUUGUAGCGCCAUCUGGUGGUGUAAUCUAAGCAAAACAUCGGCGGCUACACUUGAACCUCAGACCAAUCGCGACUACGUUUGCUACAGAGGAGGGCCAGUUUACGGGAAGCCGAGAGAGCAAGAGUCCGUGAACGCCGCCCACUGUGAAACUAAAGCAGCGCUGCUUUCACUUACGCACACACACAUACAUACACAAGGGGAUGUGUUAAGUCAGUUAAGGAGAGGUACAGCUGUGAGUCUGAUUUGUUUCUUUUUUUAACUGGCAACUUUACAAGUAAGAAACUGGUUGGUAACUUUGUGUUUAAUAAUAACCAGCAGACAUGUCUGUAAAAGUGUUAAACUAAACCGAGGGCGUUUUUCCCCUUGUGUAAAUAAAAGGUGGAGGCUGUUGUA